UCAGUUCCGCAUUGCUCAGGCAAUAUUUCUAAUAAUAUUAUCUUCUAUCAUUGAUUUUUCUCAACUUCUCUUAGCAUGGAAGUGACAUGGUGAAAAAUUCAAAGAAUGUUAAUGUGUGAUCACCCGUUUCGUGUUCUUUCAGACCCAGCAUCCGCGAGUUUGGCAGUUUUUACAGUCGUCAGUGGCGUGGCCAUUAUUGUGUUGAUACGCUGGUACAGAAACAAGACUCGUAGACACGACAUGGAGCUACCGCUAGAACAGCAAUCUGUUGAAGCAGAGGGUACUGAUGGAGCGCGAAGGAACAAGCUGUCAUCUGAAAUCAUCGCGAGGCAAUAUCCAGAUGUUACUACUGUGUACGAAAGCUUUCUUCGCGGAGUUAAACUGUCGGGGGACGGUCCUUGCCUGGGAACCAGAGAUCCAAUUAGCAAGAAGUACACGUGGCUUACAUACAACCAGGUUCAUGAGAGGGCGACGUUCGUUGGUGCAGGCCUGGUCGCUUUGGGUUGCGAACCCUCACAACAGACCUACAUUGGUAUCUAUGGACCAAACCGAGUGGAGUGGGCUUUAACUGAUCUGGGUUGUCAGAUGUUUUCAAUGAUUUCCGUGCCAGUGUACGAUACUCACGGUGCUGAAGAAUGUAUCUACAUCAUAAAUCAUGACGUUUUAACAGUAUGUUACACAAGUGGAACAACGGGUCCACCAAAGGGAGCCAUCUUGACACAUGCCAAUCUUGUCGCUGACAUCUCAGCAUAUCGUUGGAUGAUGCUUCAGAGCGGUUUCGAGCUGACAACGGAGGAUGUGCAGCUGUCAUUUUUACCGCUGGCUCACAUGUACGAACGGAUAAAUCACCUGAACUUGUUUGUGAGCGGAGGAAGGAUUGGGUACUAUAGUGGUGACGUCAAACAGUUGUUAGAAGACUGCAAAGAGCUGAAGUAA